AUGACUAUUAUCUUGGGGGAUGCGCUGAACACAACAAACAACAGCAGCUACUCAGCAGAAAUAACCCCCAUGAACAUGGCUGUUGCUCUGUUGAUCUUGGCGUCCUUCCUGGUGGGCUCAGUCAUGAAUGGUCUCCUCCUCUGGGUGCUGGGGAUGAAGAUAAAGAGAACAGUCAAUACCCUCUGGUUUCUCCACUUGAUCUUCACCUACUUAAUCUCUGCUUCUUUCAUGCCUUUCCUUGCUGUCAACACCCUCCUUGGUUCCCACUGGGUCUUUGGAACCACGAUGUGUAAGCUCAUCAACUCCUUUGGUUCGGUUGGGAUGUUCACCACAGUCUUUCUGCUCACCAUCAUCAGCUUGGACCGCUACUUGCUCAUCUGCCACCCCAUCUGGUCCCAGCUAAACCGGACAAUUUCUCGGGCACGGAGACUGCUCGUAGGGGUGUGGUUUGCUUCCCUAGCCCUGAGUGCUCCCUACUUGGCUUUCCGGGAGAUUCGAGUGAUGGAGAAAGGCAGGAUCGAGUGUGUCAAUAAUUAUGCUUUAUCCAGUGACUGGGAUGAGGCAAACACACAGACCCUAAGUUAUUAUGUUCACUUGGCUCUCUUUGUGGUUCGGUUCCUGCUGGCCUUUCUGAUUCCCUUCUUCAUCAUAACAAGCUGUUAUUUCUGGAUGGGUCACGAAAUGAAGAAGAAAAAGUUGGCAAGGACUGAGAAAUCUUACAGAGUCUUGAUGGCUGCUGUGAUAUCAUUCUUCCUCUGCUGGCUUCCCUAUCAUUUCCUUCAAGGUGCAUUGCUGCUUGGGGACGAGCAUGGCACAUUAGUUGGGGUCUUGAAGAAAGUUUUUGCUUCUGGAGCCUGUUUCAAUUACUGUUUCACCCCCAUUCUUUAUGUCUUUGUUGGGGAGAAAUUCCAGCAGAUCUUCAAGAUGUCAAUCUUUGCUCUUCUUAAGAAAGGUUUUGUGGAUUAUCCCAUUAUGCCUGGGGAUUCAAUCCUGGGGACUAGUAAUGAAGGCCAUUAG